CUCUCUCCAGGUUCCUCCUUGUGUUUAUUUCUCGACGGGACCGCCGAAAGGCACUAAAAUAACUGCGGUUCACCUCGACUCUCAUAUGCGGUCUCCAGAACCAAGACGACGUUGCAUUUGUCCUACUAAGUGCCAUGGCUAGAAAGACGGACAUUCCCUCCUCGUAUUAUGGUGAGCCGCGCAAGUUUGACCCAAACUUCAGAGGGCCCGUUCAAAACCGGAGCUGCACUGAUGUGGUGUGCUGUGUUAUCUUCAUCGUCGUCAUCAUCGGCUACAUCGCACUGGGUACCGUGGCCUGGAUCAAUGGCGACCCCAGGAAGGUCGUUUAUCCAACCGACAGCCACGGCCAGUUCUGUGGCCCCCAGAACACCCCCAAUGCAAACAAAUCCAUAUUGUUCUACUUCAACAUGUUGAAAUGUGCCAAUCCUGCAGUUUUGAUUAACCUCCAGUGCCCUACAACCCAGCUCUGUGUGUCCAAGUGCCCUGACCGAUUUGCAACUCUACUGGAUUCGUGGUCUGCCAGUGACUGGAAUUACUACAAGCAAUUCUGCAAGCCGGGCUUUAAGUUGAGCAGUAAGUCCAUUGUAGAAGUCAUACGAGAUGAAGACUGCCCAUCUAUGAUCGUGCCGAGCAGACCCUUCCUUCAGCGGUGCUUCCCGGAUUUCAUCACACGAAAUGGAAGUUUAACUGUAGCCAAUCAGACCAUCUUCAAAGACGGCGACAAUAACAAGAGAAGCGUCAGCGACCUCAAAGACGCUGCCAACCAAGUAACAGCCAUGCAGCGAGGAGUGGAAAGAGGUAUCUCCAGUCUGCUGAACGCCAAAGAAGUUGUCAUAAAGAUCUUUGAGGAUUAUGCAAAUUCCUGGGACUGGAUCCUCAUUGGUCUGGUGAUAACCAUGGUGGUCAGUCUGAUCUUCAUCAUCCUGCUGCGCUACACGGCCGGAGUGCUCCUGUGGCUCACCAUCUUUGGCGUCAUCACUGCGGUCGGCUUCGGUAUCUGGCACUGCUACUGGGAGUACAGCACUCUGAGAGGGAAGGCAGGCGCUAACGUCACCAUCUCUGAUAUCGGCUUCCACACAGACUUCAGCAUUUACCUUCAGCUCAGCCAAACCUGGUUCAUCUUCAUGAUCUCGCUUUCAGUGAUUGAGUUCAUUGUUGUGGUGAUGCUGAUAUUUCUGAGGAAAAGGAUCCGCAUCGCCAUUGCGUUACUGAAGGAGGGAAGCAGGGCCAUCAGCUACAUCAAGUCCACUCUCUUCUACCCAAUCAUCACCUUUUUCCUUCUGGCCAUCUGCAUCGCUUACUGGGCCGUCACAGCUGUCUUCUUGGCAUCAUCGGGUAAUGCGGUCUACAAGGUCACCCCUACUGAUGAUACAUGCAUGUAUGCCAACCUCACAUGCAGUCCAAAGACCUUCAAUCAGACCAAUAUCACCAAAGUGUGCCCCGGGUCACAAUGCAUGUUUGCCUUCUACGGUGGGGAAAGCGUGUACCACCGCUACAUCCUGGUCCUCCAUCUGUGUAACCUGUUUGUGUUCCUCUGGCUGGUCAACUUUGUCAUCGCACUGGGUCAGUGCACUCUGGCCGGGGCCUUCGCGUCCUACUACUGGGCCCUGAAGAAGCCAAACGACAUCCCUGCAUUCCCCCUCUACUCGUCAUUUAGCCAAGCCAUAAAUUACCACACAGGUUCUCUUGCCUUUGGAUCUCUGAUCCUCUCUGUGGUGCAGAUAAUCCGAAUUGUACUCGAGUACCUGGAUCACAAACUGAAAGGUUCCCAAAACCGAUUUGCUCGAUUUGUGAUUUGCUGCCUCAAAUGCUGCUUCUGGUGCCUGGAACAUUUCCUCAAGUUUCUAAACCGAAACGCAUACAUUAUGAUAGCAAUAUAUGGAAAGAGCUUCUGCACCUCCUCCAAGGAUGCUUUCUCCCUCUUGAUGAGGAAUGUUAUUCGGGUGGCGGUCCUGGACAAGGUGACAGACUUCCUGCUCUUCUUGGGGAGACUGCUUAUUUCAGGAAGUGUUGGUGUUCUUGCAUUUUUCUUCUUCACACAUAGAAUACCAGGCAUUCAAGAGGAGGUGCGGUCCCUAAAUUACUCCUGGGUUCCCCUUGUGACGGUGAUAUUUGGAUCCUACAUGAUCACAUACUGCUUUUUUAACGUCUAUGCGAUGUGCGUGGACACGUUGUUCCUGUGCUUUUUGUUGGAUGUGGAGCUGAACGACGGCUCUCCCCAGCGGCCCUUCUACAUGAACAACGCCUUGAAGAGGAUCCUCAAAAAGAAAAACAUUCUGAAGAGGAGGAUCUAGAGAAGGGACCAAAGGUGGGGGAAGCAGAAAUACUCACGGCACUCUACCAAAACAUGUGGCAGUACGCGUUGUUGCCAAAUGUAAUGUGUAUAAGUUACAACUGUACACUAAUAAUUAGAUUCACCCACAUACUCAUUAUUUAUGACCUUGAUAUUUGGUGUAUGUUCAUAACUAACUAACUCCGUUUGUUUACAAAAGUAUUUUUAUUGGAUUGUGUACAAUGUCACACCACGUUCUUGUAAAUAUAUAUAUAUGUUACUGUUCUAGUUAUAACAGAUAUAAAUUGAUAUUACACGUUGUACAGCCACAGUCAUACGACACACCGAGUUCCUAUUGGAACGAGUGAUUUCUUUCUUUAUUGAGAUUGUGCUAUAUGUCAGCUGUUUUUUUUUUUUAACAUUUAAUCUCUUGCAGUUGCCAGUUGUCGCCACGUAGUGGGGCCAGUCAUUACCAGAUGUUUUAUGUGUGCUGUUGAGGUGUCGACGCUGAGCUGGUUUUUCCAUGAAAUGGUCAGACGUCAGCUCACCUGUGUAUUGUGUCAUCACAGUUUUUGACCUCCAUAUUGUCUCACAUUGAGACAAACAUAUUUGCGUCCUCUGUUUUCCAUAUGUUACUGCCGAGGACAUCAUGGCGCCGCACUUCGAAGCGCUUCACUCUUUAAAAGGCCUUUUUCUUAGAAUGUGCACAUUGAGUGUUUUGAAUACAUUCUGCAGCUACAUCAUUUACAUUUGAAGAUGCAUAAAACAUUUUUUUUUACAUUUUUAGAGAAGUUGUUAAAGGGAUACUCAGUGAUGACUUUUCCAGAUGUUCGGGCUAGGAAUGGAAGGUGAAGCGGGAGGAAUGUUGUGUGUUUUGGUGGCUUGGAAACAUGUCACACAACCAUAAAGUCCCAGGUUUAUUUUUUCGGCUGCAGCCAACCAGCAAAGAACAAAGAAAGAACGCCCGAUUUGUAUUUUGUAUUUGCCAUUUUAUAUUGUUGAUUUCUUCAGUUGAGCCACAUUUCUGGCUUCAUGCAGACGGCAGUUUGAAUGUUUGUGUGACUGGUGAGCCAGUAGUGUGGAAGAUGCAGCCUCUUUUUUUGACUGCAUCUUCGAUGAGUUGAAAUGUAUUUGCAACAACAUUGUGAUUUCCAGGUUUCGAUGUCACCAGGUUGAUGAAAUAAAUGAGUGUCACAGCUGCUGGCAGUUC